CGGGGCCGGAGCGGCCGCAGCGGCCGGAGCGCGGUGUCCGCCCCGCGGUGUCCGCCCCGCGGUGUCCGCCAGCCCCUGUCCACCCCAGCCCCUGUCCACCCCAGCCCCUGGCCGCCCCAGCCCCGUGAUGACCCUGGAGGAGCUGCCCGGGGAGCGCCGCGCCGCCGGGAGGAUGGAGCAGGCGGGGGACGCGCUCCAGGAGGUGCUGAGCAAGGCGCUGAGCCAGCGGAGCCUGACCCUCGGCGUCUACGAGGCGGCCAAGCUGCUCAACGUGGACCCCGAUAACGUGGUGCUGUGCCUGCUGGCGGCCGAGGAGGAGGAGGCGGGGGACGCGGCGCUGCAGAUCCACUUCACGCUGCUGCGGGCCUUCUGCUGCGAGAACGACAUCAACAUCCUGCGCGUCAGCAACCCGGCGCGCCUGGCCGAGCUGCUGCUGCCCGCCGCGGGCCCCGACCCGCCCGCCGACCUGCACUGCGUGCUCGUCACGAACCCGCAGGCGUCCCAGUGGAAGGACCCGGCGCUGAGCCAGCUGAUGUGUUUCUGCCGGGAGAGCCGGUACCUGGACCAGUGGGUGCCGGUCAUCAACCUCCCGGAGCGGUGACCCCGGCCCGGCCGCUGCGGCGCCGCAGAAAUUCUCGCUCAGGAAGGAACUCCCUGCCCCCGGCUCCGGGAGGGAAAAUAAAAACCCGACAGCAACAACGAAACGUAGAUGUAAAACAAUAACGCUAAAACUGAUGUCACUUGCGGGGGGUUUGGCUGCGGUGGAGCGAUGCUGAGUGUGGCAGAUGAGGAGAACAGGAUGAGCCCAGCCCCAACUCCCCUCGCUCCCUCUGUCCUUAAGUGCCACUUCAAGUUCCUGCUUUGAACGCCUUGACGAGCAAACAGGUUCAUCGAGGCCUUUUGCCAGCAAUGUUGUUGUACUUUUGGGAUGUAAUUCUCACGUUUUUAUGCUAAGAUAUAUAAUAAUAAUAAUAAUAAGUUAUUUUCUGAUA